AUGGUGUCCCUUGUUAACGCCUACGACGCAUUAAUGUGUGCGGAAACAGAUUUUGGCCUGAAUAUGCUCCGACAAUCACCUGCCACUGAGCAACUAGUCGUUUCGCCAAUUUCUGUCAUAUUUGCUCUUGUCAUGGUUCAAGCUGGUGCAAAGGGAAAGACAAAGACGCAAAUCAACCAAGCUAUUGCUAAAGGUGCAACAGAUGACGCGAUCGUCAACUACUACUCAACCCUUUCCGAAAACAUUCUAAGCUCCAAAAAUGAUGUGCAGACAAGGAUUGCGAAUGCGUUUUUCUUAAACAAAGGGUUCGCAGUUGAGAAGCAGUACGCUGACACCAUCGCUAGAAAGUAUUCAGCAAAAAUAGAAGAGCUGGACUUCGGCAACGCGAAACAAACAGCUCAGAAAAUUGACAAAUUUGUAAGUGACACAACUGCGGGCAAGAUAAAAGAUCUUGUAACGGAGGAUACAGUGAGAGGCUCCUUCUCACUCAUAAUUAACGCAAUUUAUUUCUCUGCCAAAUGGGAGCACGAGUUCUACAAAACCUCGACUACAAAUGCCACUUUUCAUAGCUCUGCAAACAAACAAAAGGAAAUAGAGUUUCUGAAUGAAAGCGAAGAGCAUCGAUUCUAUGCAGAAGAUGAAGACAUGCAAGUCCUGUCGUUACGCUAUAAAGAUACAUCUUACGCUUUCAACAUUCUUCUUCCUAAAAAACGGUUUGGCCUAGAUGAGCUAAGAAAGAAACUGACCGGUGUCGCCAUAAAGAAGGUGCUCUCAAAGCUGGCGUCGACGUACUUAACAAUCUCCGUUCCAAAGAUGAAAAUUGAGACCGACUUCAAACUAAAAGAAGCUCUGAUGACGUUAGGCAUUACCGAAAUGUUUUCUGAUAGUGCCGAUUUGACUGGUAUCGCAAGUUCCCCACCACUAAAAGUCUCGGAUGCAGCUCACAAAGCUCUCAUUGAGGUUGACGAGGAAGGAACCACUGCAGCUGCAGCGACAUUUUUCAAAAUCAUUCCUCUAUCUCUAAAUCUCGAGCAACCGAAGAUAUUCACAGCGGAUCAUCCAUUUUUAGACGUCAUCGGACUGACCGAGACGAGGCGACAGCACCCACUGAACGUCGUUUAUGACAUUGGAGAAGAACUGUUCUUAGGAACAUGCGACAAUAGAGGAGUUGGUGGAGUUGAUGUCCAUGUCAACACGAAUGUGGCAGUAAACAUCGACUCUUUCGAACAACUUACAACCCGAAUCAGACGUUUACGGAUGAAAAGGUGUGGUUCAACACCUGCUGUGACAAUCUUCGUCGUCUAUGCUUCAAGACCAUGCUACGAAGAAGAAGAAGUUGAAGCUUUCUAUAUGGACUUGGAGAAAUUCUACAGAGAAGAUGAUACCUUCUACAAGAUCAUAAUUGGUGAUUUCAACGCCAAAAAUGGCCGCACAAGAGCGUCUGGAGAACGUCACAUGGGAACCCACGGCCUUCAAUGGAAUGAGCAGGGAGAGAGGCUUCCAGAGUUCAACAUGAUGACUGAGACCAUCCAUGGGAACUCGCAAUUCCAGGAGCCCUUCUCUCUCCGCUGGACAGUGGGAGUAGUGGAAGUCACCCGAUGGAGGGAUCUCCUCGUUACGCUAGCCGGCUUUUGGGAAGAUUCCGCAAUAGACAACAUCGACGAGGAAUAUGAUCGGCUUGUUGAACACCUUCACGACUGCUCCAAGAAGGCUGAGAAGCUGAUACGUCAGCGUGGAGCAGCGCGAGCCGUAGGAAACCAAGAACUCAUGUCCGAGCUCGCAAGGCUUUGCAGAGAGGCGAUAAAAGAAGACUUCAAAGAAAGAAGAGCAGAAGUGUUGGCUGAAGCAGCAAUGGCGGGAAGGAGCAUUCCCUAUGCUUGUCGCAACUUCACCAAUCGUAAAACAACAAUGACUGCUCUCCGAAUCCCAGAUGGAACAACUACAGCAUCAAGAAGGGGAAUGGAAAAGGUCAUUCGCGACUUCUACUCAGAUCUCUUUGACAGCCACGUGUACUUGCCUUCUCACCAUGUGAGAGAAGAUGGACAUGUCAUUCCAAAGGUCCCCCUUUCCGAAGUCCGAAAUGUCAUCACAAAGUCUCAACAGAAUCCUGAACAUCUGAAAUACCUACUGCCAUUCCUCAUCAACACACUGGCGAGGCUCUCCGCUCGUUAUCUGUCGCAAUGCAAGGUUCUUAAGCAAUGGAAAACCAGCAAGACCGUGCUGUUGUAUAAGAAAGGAGAACCACAAUACAUAGGCAACUAUCGUCCAUUCUGCUUACUGUCUGUCAUCUACAAGCUCUUUACAAGAGUGAUCCUUAAUAGGAUUGAAAAAGUCUUGGAUGAAGGACAGCCAUGCGAGCAAGCAGGGUUUCGAAAAGGAUUCAGCACGAUUGACCACAUUCACACUGUUUCGAAACUCAUCGAGGUAUCACGAGAGUACAAGAUGCCGCUCUGUCUCACCUUCAUCGACUUAAAGAAGGCUUUCGACUCGGUUGAGACGGAAGCGGUCGUGGAAGCCUUGGACAACCAAGGCGUCCCUACUCAGUAUAUAAAGGUACUUCGAGAGUUGUACAGUAACUUUACGACCGGAAUUUCGCCAUUCUGCAAGAACAUCAUCAUUGACGUGAAGAGGGGGGUCCGACAGGGUGAUACAAUUUCACCCAAAAUAUUCACAGCCACCCUCGAGAACGCAAUGCGAAAAUUGGAAUGGGACGACAUGGGAGUGAAGGUUGAUGGUCGGCAGCUACACCAUUUGCGCUUUGCUGAUGACAUCGUACUGGUAACACCUAGCAUCAGCCAAGCGGAACGAAUGCUGACCGAAUUCGACGAAACAUGUGGAUGCAUCGGUCUUCAGCUGAAUCUGCAAAAGACGAUGUUCAUGCGCAACGGAUAG